GAACCCAUCCCCCAUCUCCAGGUGACAAUCACGCCCUCCUCUCCAAGACACAUCUGCGCUCCGAGUGAAGCAGCAGGACUUGGUUGCCCCCUCUGACCUCGACUCGUCUCCUGUCGCUACAGCUUGCAUCACACCGCCAUGACCGACGUUGCAAACCUCGAGGCCGCUUUUGAGCGCACCACGAUCCACGACGAGAAUGACGACCAGGCUGCGUCUAAUGCAGCCUACCAAAAGGCCAAGAAGCCUUCAGUAGCUGGCCUUUCAACCUCGCAAUCAGCAGCCAACCGCAUGAAGCUGCCUCACCAGAUCCCUCUCCAGAAGAUUGCGACACAAAACGCAAAGACGGCAAACAUUGCAAAGGUCAACCUUGCUGCAAACGCCGGUCGGCCCUCGGAGCACAGCUCGUCUCACCGCCGCACCCUCACCGAGUCAGCCGUGUACAGCGUCCCCUCAAAUCCUGCAACCCCCAAGCAAUGGCAUCUCGGCAUGUUCGAGAUUGGCAAGCCGCUUGGAAAGGGCAAGUUCGGUCGCGUAUACCUCGCCAAGGAGCGUGCCUCCGGCUUUGUUUGCGCCCUCAAAGUCUUGCACAAGUCCGAGCUCCAACAGGGCAAGGUCGAGAAGCAGGUUAGGCGAGAGAUUGAGAUCCAGUCUCACCUCACCCAUCCCAAUAUCCUCAAGCUGUUUGGUCAUUUCCACGACGCCAAGCGCAUCUUCCUCAUCCUCGAGUUUGCAGGAAAGGGAGAGCUGUACAAGCAUCUGCGCAAGGAACAGCGCUUCCCGGAAUGGAAGGCUGCCCAGUACGUUGCCCAGAUGGCCGCCGCCCUCAAGUAUCUCCACAAGAAGCAUGUCAUGCACCGCGACAUCAAGCCCGAGAACAUUCUCGUUGGCAUCCACGGCGAGAUCAAGAUUUCGGACUUUGGUUGGUCGGUCCACGCCCCCAACAACCGCCGCAACACCAUGUGCGGAACGCUUGACUACCUUCCCCCAGAGAUGCUUCGCGGCGGCGGCAAGGACAACUACUACACUGAGAAGGUCGACCUUUGGAGCUUGGGUGUCCUGACAUACGAAUUCUUGGUCGGUGAGGCGCCUUUUGAGGACACACAAGUCAUGACACAGCGCAAGAUUGCGAGGGGAGAGUACACAGUGCCCAGCUUUGUCAGCUCAGAAGCACGGGAUCUAAUUAAGCGAUUGCUGGUACUGGAUCCUGAGAAGCGUAUUGCCCUGGAGGAUGUUGAGAGACAUCCCUGGAUUGUCAAGCAUUGCAAGGGCAGUCCCAGAGCAUAUGAGCGUACGUCUGGAGGCAAGUCCCGCAGCAGUUCGGAUGACUCUGAGGAGAGCUUCUGAGCCAAGACCCAGUGCCAUUUAUUUUACGUUUAACUGCUAUGACGGCGAACAGGCGCAACCCACGGAAGUCACUGGAACCAUAUGAUCUGAUCGCAUUGCUUGGAGUUUUUUGCUAGCCUUCCUUUAUCUCAUCGGCGUUUACCUUGUGCAUAUCAGCUUCCAUUAAUCAUUGAAUGCAAGACCAGAAUUUCAUGUUCAAUUUUAUCACAUCAUCUUGAGCGAAGAUUGCCGUGCUUCCCAGACAUGUCUGCCAAACGCCAUUCGCUAUG